UAUAAACAAGGCCGGUCUUUGAGUGUCUCACUAUAGCAGGAGCUGUGGCAGGAGAAGCAAGUUGCUUAAAGACAAAUGCUCAGUUAAUGGUCUUUUAUAAUGUCUUUACUUGGAUAUUUUCUUCUGCUGACAGCUGCCUUAUGCUGUACUGCGGCCCCGGCAUCGGACGGUUCAUGCCUGAGGCCAGAGAGAAGGGAAUCGGAAGAGCUGACAGGUGACUGGGAGAAGGACUCGUUCCCUCCAGGUACAACAGCAACUUACCAAUGCCGGCCUGGAUAUAGUCGUCUUGGAACGAUUAAGAUUGUUUGUUUGGAAGGCAGAUGGCAAGAUGUUGGAAGACGGGGUCAAUGCAGAAAAAAAUCUUGUGGGCAUCCAGGUGAUAUCCCAUUUGGAUCAUUUCAAUUGACAGAAGGGGAGUCAUUCGUUUUUGGAGCUAUUGUUGAAUACUCUUGUGAUGAUGGAUAUCAGAUGGUUAGCAAAGAAAAAACACGCCAGUGCACAGCUAAUGGUUGGAGCAAUUACCCUCCUCACUGUGAAGUUAGGAAUUGCCCACCAGUUGAAGCUGAAGCCAAUGUUAAUGUUUUGUCCACUUCAUACGAUGAAGAAUAUUCUGUUGGCCAAGUGGUUAGAUUUGAAUGUAAAGACCCAAAUCUUAAGCUGGAGGGUGCUUCUGAAAUUUAUUGCACAUCAGAAGGAGGAUGGAAUUUGGAACCACCAAAAUGCGUAGUGAUUAGAUGCAGACCACCAACUAUCGAUAAUGGAAAAGUGAAUGAACCAAAAAAAGGAGUGUACAAUAAUAAUGACGCAAUACAAAUUACCUGUAAUGAAGGAUUUAGUCCAAGAACCAGCAGAGACAUUAAAUGCACUAAAGAUGGCUGGACUCCUAACCCUUCAUGUGAAGAAAUAUUCUGCAGUGCUUAUUCGUCUGUGACCAAUGGAAAACUGGUUGGAACAAAACCUUCUUACAAAUAUGGAGAGGAAAUUAAAGUGGAAUGUGAUGAUGGAUAUGUGCUUCAGACUGAGCCAGAUAAACUCCGUAAAUGCACAUCAAACGGAUGGUCUCCAUCUCCUGUCUGUGUUAGUAAAACAUGUGACAGGCCUUACAUAAAUCAUGGAUCUAUGUACUACAAUUACAAUUUUCCAAGACGCCUUGGAACAUCUGUAGAUUAUCGGUGUGAGAGAAAUUACCUGUCCCAUCAGAGAGAAUACUGGGGGAGGAUAUAUUGCACUGACCUUGGAUGGAAUCCGGAACCAAAAUGCUCAAGACAAUGUGCAAACUAUAAGGCAAAUGUGGAAAACGCAGAUCUCAUAAAUCCACAGUACGAUUAUAUGGAUGGAGAAAAAGUGCAGUUUCGGUGUAAAUCUACUUUUCAAACACCAGAUGUAAAAACUGAUGGAGAAAGGACUUGUCUUCCUAAUGGAGAAUUUACUCCAGCCAAAUGUUCUAGAUUUUGUAAGGCUCCCGAACUUCCAGAUGGAAAAUUCAGACCAAUUAAAAAUGUUUUUGACCUCAGAGAAGUUUUGCAGUAUGAAUGCAAUAAGGGAUUUAUGACAGAAAGCAGAAAACUUAGUAGCAGCGCUUCAUGUCUGGACAGAGGAUGGUCGGAGGAGCCUAGAUGUAUACCUAUAACCUGUAAACAGGGUCAUGUCUCAUACAAUGAUGGGGAUGUUAUUAAAUACACAUGUCCGCGUGGGCAGAGGCCAGAAUCGGAAUCGGGGCAGUGUUAUUAUUUUGGCAUUCAUCCUCCACCUAAAUGUCUUGAUAUAACAUGCACAAUUCCAGAUACUUCAAAUCUUAUACUAAGUCCUCAUCAGUCAUCUUAUCAGAGUGGUCGUAGAGUUUCAUUUUCAUGUAAAGAGGGUUUUGUCAGAGAUGGAUCUUUGGAAAGUGUUUGUAAAAAAGAAGGUUGGAAUCCACCUCUACCCACCUGUAAAGAAGUGAAACCACAGGCCACUGACUCACCAACAGAUGUAAAUAAAAAUGAAGAGGUGAAACCACAGGCCACUGACUCACCAACAGAUGUAACUAAAAAUGAAGAAAUUAAAUGCACCAUUUCUGAAAAAGCUAAUCUUAUAAGGAAACCAACCAAGUUACAAUACCUACAAAAUGACGAGGUAUCCCUUAACUGCGAGGAAGGCUUUAUAAGAAAAGGACCCAAGACAACUACUUGUACUGCAAAUGGCUGGAAUCCACCUUUACCAACUUGUGACAAUGAACAAGAGCCCCUUGAUCCACCAACAGAUGAUAAUAAAAAUCAAGAAAAAAUAAUAAAAUGUCCACAUCCAUAUAUUCCAAUACAUGCUGAAAUUAAAGAUCGAAAGGAAGAGUAUUAUACCAAUGACAAUGUUACCAUGACAUGUGAAAGAGGAUAUAAGAUGAAUGGCUCUCCAGUAAUCCGCUGUAUUGAAGGAAAAUGGGACACACCCCCAGAGUGCAUCCAAUUAACACAAUGCAGAAGUCAACCCAAGAUAGACAAUGGUGACAUAACCGAAUCCUCCAAAAAAGAAACAUACGUAACUGAUGACAUUGUGAUAUUCAGCUGCAAACGUGGAUUUCAUCUCACUGGGCCAGAGGAAUCUAUGUGUGUGAAUGGACAGUGGACGGCAUUUCCAACAUGUACAGAAAAUCCAUGUGAUGCGCCUCCAGAAGUUUUGCAUGCAACUGUUGUAGACAAAAAGGAAUCAUUUAACCACGGUGAAAGAGCUAAAUAUGAAUGUGAAAAUGGCUUCCGAUUCUCUGGAACAGAUUCAGCAAGUUGUAUAAUGGGAAGAUGGACGAGUCCUCCAAAUUGUGUUGCAACCUCUUGUCCACCUCCACCUAAAGUGAAGGAUUCCAAAAUUCAUGGUCAAUCAAAACAGAAUUAUGCAUCUGGUGAAAAGGUUACCUAUAUAUGUAAUCCUGGAUUUGCCUUGGAAAGGUCUUUAACAGGAGAAGUAUUAUGUGAGAACACACAAUGGAAAAAUGUCCCAGUGUGCAGAAAGACCGGUGAGCAGUGUGAUCCACCGCCAGUUGUACAAUAUGGAGACACCAUAAGCUUUAACAAACCUUUCUAUAAAUCUGGUGAAUCUGUGGAAUAUAAAUGCCCAGAAUAUUAUAUUCUUAAAGGAAACAGGGUUGUGAGAUGUUUAAAUGGCGUCUGGGAUGAAGCUCCAGUUUGUCUAGAGCCAUGUACUGCAAAGGAAAAGGAAAUGAAAGACAAUAAUAUAAAGCUAAGGUGGAGACCUGAUCCAAAGCUUUACAGUGAACAUGGUGACAAAAUAGACUUUCAGUGCCUUAAUGGAUAUGAAGCUCCUCCUGGCACUCAGAUGAAAAUUACUUGUGAACAAGGAAAACUGGAAUAUCCAAAAUGCUUCAAAGCAGGUUUUUGUGUAUUAGAUCAACCAACAAUGAUUACUCGGAAUAUUCAUUACAAUGUAAGCACUAUAGUGGACAAUGAACAAGCAAUUACAUUUCAAUGUAUUGAAGGAACAAUACCAGAAACUAACCUGGAAGCCAAAUGUAAAUCGAAAAUGAUAACCUAUCCAAAAUGUACUGCAUCAAAAAGCUGCGCAACUCCAAAAAUCGAAAAUGCAUUCCUCAAAACUGAACCCCAGGACAGUUAUGACUCAGGCUCGCAUAUCGAAUUUGAGUGUAAGGAAGACCAUGUAAUAAAUGGGCCUAUAAAUGUUAAAUGUGAGAAUGGUCAAUGGACCGAACUACCAGUAUGUUACCGUCCAUGUAAAAUCUCCACAGCAGAUCUUACUAAAAGCAACAUUCAGCUCCUUCCAUCUGACAGUAAUCCUGAUAUCACUCAUAUACACGGCACACGAUUCAGUGUAACCUGCAAGUCAGGAUUUAGACGACCAAAUCAAGCAGCUUUGGGGAUUGAAUGUUCUGAUGGGAAAUUUAGGUAUCCAAGAUGCUUCUCUGGAAAGACAUGCCGAAUAGAUCAAGAUGAACUUGAUGAAAACAACUUGGAAUUAGAUGAAGUCCAUGAUAAUGAAGUAUACUAUGAAGAAAAUGAGAGCGUGCACUUUCAAUGUAAGACUGGAUAUUAUCUUAAGACUAGACCUAUCGGAAAAUGCUCUGGAGAAACACUGAUCUAUCCAAGCUGUACAGCACAAUCUUCUGUGUGAUUACAAUAAAUAUAUACAGGAUGUAACAACAGCCAACAAAAAAACAGGAAGAAGAAAUCUGCAAUGACAACUAUAGACAAACGGCAUUGUUUCUAAAUGUAAUCACAUAUAGUAGUCAUUAUAUACUGUGUAUUGUUUUAGCAACUUUUAUAUGUCUCUGGGUAAAAUAAUAAUAAUAAAACUUUUAAAAAAAACCUGU